UUGGAAUCCGGUCACUAUCGACUGUUCAUUACAAUAAUAUCAAGGUUGUGACGAGUCUCACAAUUGCUGGUGCACGGCUGCACCGUAACAGCAUGUAAUCCGUCGAUUACCUAUUGUCUAUGCGCAUCAUCUACAAUUGAAGAAGAUGGGAAGGAUUCCGGUUCGUCAACGUAUAAAUGUCGUAGACUUUUCAGCAAAGAGCAGAUUCAAACCCAAAGGACGUUUCAGAAGUCGAACCGUUGUAGUUGAAGCUCCAAAUUCUAGGCGAGUGCAGGCAAGCAGCGGUCUCCCCCAUUCCGACCUCAACCGAAGAAUUCUCUUCACCCAAAUAAGCCUUUCCGCAUGCUGGAUCUUCAUGAGGCUGUCUUGGUUGGCGCAGUCGAGAUCUCAUAACGUUCAGCACGAAUCUAACACUCGGCUCCUUUGUCCAUCGACGAGCCGUCCGCGGGUUUUGGCCCUACCAUACUGCUGGGUCAUUGGCUGCCGGUACUUCAGGGCCCGGUCCUGCUUACGAGCCCUGAGCGACAAUCUCUCACUCGCCAUGCGAAUCCUCUUGCUGGAGUUGGGCAUCCCGUCGAUCUGGGAUCUGGGGUCCUGCACAUUCGUCAUGACUUCGUCCUCCACGUUGAUUUCCUACAAUUCGAACCUGCAUGAGUACCUUGGUACCAGCAUCUUGUGAAACUCCCCUUCAACCUUACUUCAGAUAUUCACGAGUUGUGUAAGCUCUCGUGACCCUUGUCCCCCUUCAGGUCUUACUCUCAGAUCACACAUCGCUUCCAUAUGCCAUCACUAAACAUCAUUGACGUGGGUGGUGUCCGGCUAUUUGGAAAGAACCACAUCUGUCGGCCUCCGGAGGCAGAUUACGGUUCCGAACGUGCUCUCACCGGGCCGAGAACCACACCUUGUUUUAUCUGUGAUUAUGCCCUACGCCGACGUUUCAGCCUCGAAGAUGCACAGGUCCAGCCCGAC